AUGGCAGUGGAGCGUCAGCAGAAGUCCGGCAUUGCCGUCGGUAUCAACAAGGGUCACAAAGUCACAGUAAUCCAGCCACCAGUCCGAGUCAGCCGCAAGAAGGGCCAGCUCUCAAAGCGCACCGCUUUCGUACGAGACAUUGUCCGCGAGGUCGCCGGUCUCGCCCCAUAUGAGCGACGAGUCAUUGAAUUGUUGAGGAACUCGAAAGACAAGCGUGCGCGCAAGCUGGCGAAGAAGAGACUCGGCACACUCACCCGCUCGAAGAGAAAGGUCGAUGAGCUUCAGCGUGUGAUCGCUGAGUCGCGUCGUGCUGGUCAUUAA